UGCAACGGUGUGUGAGGUAUCAGAAGGUAUGGACGAACCGCAGUUUAUUCCAAAAAAGAACAUUAGAGAUGACGACGGCGAGAAAAUUGAAGAUGACGUUGAAAUGCUGAGACCUGAUAGUAAGAGACCAUUCUCUGUGGACAAGAGGCGAAAGAGGAUUGUUUUCAGGAUUUGGUUUAUGCCUGCUGUACGACUUGCAUCGAUUAAGUUAAUAAAUCCCAAAAACGUCGACUCGAUUACAGUGUGGUAUAUCAAGCCCUCAACAAAAACGUCCAAAGAACGUCCAGUUGUAGAGGAUGGAUCACCGACGAGCGUUGUACGAUUCCCAGACAUGCCUGAAGCUGUCGAUGUUAUAAUUCAAAUAAACAGGAAAGAUCCCAACGAGGACAUGAAAUUCAGAAUUUCUGUAAAGGCUUGUUUCAAAGAGGCAACAGAAACGACUCCAUACUCAACCAGUUCAUCUUCCAGUGCGACAACAUCCAUACCGUCCUCUGUUCCCUCGUCUACAUCUCAUUGAGCUCUUCAAGCAGUGUUUACACAAGCUCUCCAAGCACUUCAGUUUCUACUUCCGGUGUCCCGUCAACCAGCGUUUAUUUGACACCGACAACCGUGUGUACUGUAGACGAAGGCAUGGAUGAACCGAAAUUUAUACCAGAUAGAAACAUAAGGGACAAUGAUAAUCGGCCAAUAAAAGAUGCCGAUAAUCUGAGACCAAGAAACAACAAUCCAUUUACUGUAGACAGGAAUACAGUCACGAUACGAUUCGUCUUUAACCCGGCUAUUCCAGUAGAAUCGUUGAAAAUGAUUAGACCUAACAACGUGGACAGUAUCACAGUUACAUAUAUAAGUCCGAGAAAUAGCAGGCCAAAACCUGUUGUUGAGGACGAAAAGCCGCAAAAGCUUGUACGUUUCCCACAACAGCCGUACGCUGUAGAGGUAGUGAUCAAGGUAACAAGAGACGAUCGCAACGAACCGAUGUCUUUCCAAGUAUCUAUAUGGGCAUGUUAUGAAGUUGUCACUGAGACGACGCCUUCAGUUCCGACAGCAUCCUCGCCAUCUACCACCUCUGUGGUCAGUACAUCCUCUGUCUACACGUCUGCACCAUCAUCGAGCUCUUCUUAUACUGGUUCUACAAGCAGCUCGUCUCCUUACACUUCUACACCGUCUUCAAGCUCUGUUCAUACUGGUUCUACAAGCAGCUCACCUACUUACACUUCUUCAAUGUCUUUAAGCUCUACAAGCAGCUCACCUUCUGUUCACACUCCUUCAACAUCGUCAGGAUGGAUCCGACGAGCGUUUACGAUUCCCGACAUGCCUGAGUGUCGUGUUAUAUUAAAUAAACAGAAAGAUCCAACGAGACUGAAAUCAGAUUCUGUAAAGCUUGUUUCAAAGAGGCAACAGAAAGAUCCAUACUCAACCAGUUCAUCUCCAGUGCGACAACAUCCAUACCGUCCUCUGUUCCUCGUCUACAUCUUCAUUGAGCUUUCAAGCAGUGUUACACAAGCCUCCAGCACUUCAGUUUCUACUUCGGUGUCCCGUCAACAGCGUUAUUUGACACGACAACGUGUGUAG